UUUUCCCUCCAGAGCAGUGCUUCAGUCACACCCGUGCAGUAAUGUGAGGCUAAGCUGCACGUGAGGCUGCAAAGAGAAGCUCCCUUUUUUCACACUCAUUUGAUUAGGUUGGACUCCUUAUGUAAUGUGGACUUUUUUUUUAUAUAACAAUGGCUUGAAAAUAUAUGUCACAGGCGCACCACGGGCAAUGCAGUGCAGAGCGUUUAUUAGUCACUGAGGCACACACUCACACAGACACAGAGACGUGCACACGCUCACUCUGUAGCUCCAGCAGAGGUCUGCCUGCUCUGGCAAUGCUCACUCUGACUGAUAACGAUGCAGGUCUUCAGAAAGGUGCUCUGCAAGCCGUGUAGUGCCAGAGUCACUUCACCAGAGGAGGACAUGGAAUACAAGAUGGGGAGCUGCAUCGGAAUCUCACACAGACAGGCUGAAGCUCACUCUGAGACUUUGACCCAGAGGGACGACAGAGCGCUUCUCUCUGAAGCCUCGACCAGCCAGCAGAGUCCGCUGUCUCAACCAGUGCUCCCAGACGUCCCAGUCAUCACUGGAGUGGAGGAGGGCAGCAGUGAGGCUGGAGAGCAGGACGAGCUGGAGUUUCCUCAUGACCUGCUGCCCAGUCUAGACUUCAGCAGUGAGCUCAACAUCUGGGAGGCCUCGCUGGGAGCUCAGACUAGCUCAGGUGAGAGGACAUGUGAGCAGGUGAACCCCCUGCUGGCGGGCCUGCAGAGCCACAUGGAAGUCAGUCGACCACUGGUGGUUCUAGACUCAAGGCCUCAUGACAGCGACCCAGUUCUCACAGAUGCUCAGCAAUCACCUCGGCCCUCUGCCACACCUUACCCGGGUGUCCAACCCCUGACCCCUCCCCUAUCCGUGCUCCUAGACCAGGAACUCCAAGAGGCUUUCCAGGAAUGUGAAGAACAAAUGGCCUCACUGGGGAUACUUAAUCCCACAGGGCCCCCCCACCAGACAGUUAACGAUGCAGGAGAGAAAACUGGAGAAGUGAUGGUUAAUAAAUCCAGUGAGUCAUCAUCAUUGCCUCCAAUGGCAGUCCAGCCAGGACAUAGCAACGGGGGCCAUGGAAACAAGAGUACACACGGAAACAGUGAGGCAGCAAACAGUCGGACGGAUACAGUUGUGUUUAGUUUUAGGAAUUACAUACUGGGCACUGAGAAUAGUGCUGGGACAGCAGAGACGAAGAGUGAAAUAAAAGCAACACAGAGCCUGGAUAAAUGUCCAGAGAUUAAGACAGUGGAAGAAACAGAGAUAGAUGAGCAGAAGGAGGCACCCACGCAUACACAAUUAGAAACAACAGCAGAUUUAUUUAAAGAAACCCAAAAAGAUGCUGCGCUCACUGUGCAGAGAGAUGAUUUCAGAGAGGAACAUGUUGAUUCUAAUGCAGCCAUUGAGGAUAAUGGCACAUUAGACUGUAAUACAGUGAUUAGGGAGAAAGGCACAGAGGCAGUAACAGAGACUGUAGACAUAAGGAAAGAAAAUUAUAGCGAUGAGUCCAGCAUUAGUGUUUGUAUAACUGAACCAGGAAAGAAAGAUGAUUCAGUUAAUGAAACAUCAGAGUGCAGUCAUCUGCAUUUAAAGGAUAAAGAUGUAUUAUCAGAAGCACAGAUGGGAGCAAACCAUUACAGCGAGGAGGAUCAGGAGUCAAAAUCAGAUAAAUGGAAGAGCUCACCUUGUGAGGCUGGGCAGGACAAAAAGGCAAAGAAGAAAAAGAAACAAAGGAAAAAGAACAAGACAGAAGAGAAAAAUGUAGAGACUGAGGAGAAAGCAAAGACAGUAGUACAACCUGAGAAUGAUUCACAGGCUGUUUCUCUUGUAAAUGCAGGAAAUUACACAGAUUCAGCAGCAAAUGUUGUGUCACAGGCAGACGCUCAGACUGUGAUUUGUGGGGAACAGCCUGAUAAUGGGUUUGACUCUAAACAGCAGCUGAGUCCCGAGGGAGAGCCCAGCCCCAGCCCCCCACUAUCAUCCUCUCCUAGUGAGCAGGAUCAUCUUACUGUCUCACCCUGUUCACCUGCGUCUAACCAGCCUCAUUUACAGAGGCCUCAUCAGUCAGAUAACCGCAACCAUGCAGACGCCCCAUGUGGCAUGAAUCACAGCUCAGAUGAAAGCCCACACCGGAAGCAACAUGCAACUGGAGGUGCCAUCGACAACCAAAAUACACCCAUGACACAUGUCCACACUACAGUUAUCAGUCCAGCUGCUUCUGCUGAUAAGAGGUCCGAUUCACAAACACAGGAGGCUGAAGUUACCUCAGAGGCAGUGAUACUCACACACGAGAAUCAGAGCCCACUCUCCAGCAGCCCAACUUGUGUGGGAGAGAGCAGCGUGGAGAGUGCCCUUGAAGAGGCUUUAGUGGUGGUUGCUGCGUUGCCACUGGCAACACCCACGAUGCCAGAAGUGAUAGAAAGCAAGGGAGAGGGAGAAAGCGUGAGGCGUGAUUCACUGGAGAGAGUAGCUUCUGUAACGAUUGCAGAGAGUGAGAAAGCAGUAGGAGAGAAAGAUUUGGGAGGAAUAGAAAAGUGCCUCAGCUCUGCAGACGGAGAGAAAGACCUGGACAGCCUUCCUCAGCUCGCAUUAAUCUGUUCACGGGGAAAAUGCUCACUUGCAUUCUCAGCCAAAGAGGGACAGGCUGUAUCUGAGGAAAGCUGCAGCAGCAAAAUGCCACACAACUCGGCUGAGACUGAAAUGAAGGGACCGAGAGAGACAACCGUUCGCAGUGCAGACACAGAGCUCUCACCAGCUGAGGAGGGAAACAGAGAAAAGGAGCCACUUCGGUUAGAAGCUUAUAUCAAUACUUCUCCCUUUGGGCCACUUACUGGUCCUGAUCGUCAGGAUCACAGUGCUGCGGGAUUGGAGGGAGCAGGAGAGGGAGGAGGAGGAGGAGAGGAGGGGGGAGAGAAAGGAGGGCUGGCUAGAGAGCACAGUUCAUUCAGCCAGCCAGAAGGCUCUGCUAGUGGGGUGUCAUCAGCUGGGACUGAGACGUGUCCGCCCACCGAUGUUGCCGAGUCACAGUUGAAGUCACAGGGCUGGAGUGAGCUGAUUGCAACCAUCUCUCAGAGCAUCUGCACUGAACAGGACCGUCUCUCUCACCCCUGCCAAGAGCACCAUGGCGCAGCAAUUUCACCUCUCCCGGCUCACCCUGAACAGAGCUCCAGCAAUACAGACGGAGGGGUAAGGGCUGAUCUCAAACAGCAUUCGAUUUCAGAGGAAGCAGUGUCUUUAGGACACACUUGUGAGGGGUCAUCCAUCACAGAGACAGAGAAAAACUGCAGCCAAGUCUUCCUGCCUUUAAUCUCACCUCAGCCUCUGACUACUUCACAACAUAUCUCAGUCGAGCGACAAGCGAGCAGCAAUCAACAGGUCCAGCUUGAAAGUAGCACAACAGCAGCCCGGACAGACGAAAGUGCAGCUGAGUUCCAAGUCCGAGCCAAGAGCAAAAGAGGUGCUGUGGGUGUAUGUGACAGCAGCCGAGGCAACAACAGAGUUCACUUUGCGGACACUGUGAAACAAGACGGCAGUUUCUCUGUGGAUCUUAGGAGCAUGUCGGUACCAGCUAUGGACUGCGCCUCUUUGCCUCCGCUGACUGUGCAUGAGAGUUUGUACCAUCCUGUGGUGGAGGCCAGCUACACCUUCCCAGAAUUCCUCGGCUUGAAGAAGCCAGAAAUCGCCACAAAUGCAGCUCCUACCAAGGAUGAACCAGCAAUACGGAGCUCAACUGACUUUCUAAAGCCACAGAGAGAUGUCCUGGAGGAAAAAGGAGAUGUGGGGACUACAGAAGAGAACAUUAAGAUAGAUCAGACAGGUAGCAACAACUUGGGGACAAACACUGUGGAUUUACAGUCAAUGACAAAGGCCGGCUCAAAGCAGCUUCCAUGUUCUGCUGAAAAGAAUCAAACUGGUGACCUUUCACAAACAGCAGAAAGUGCCACCUCUGAGGCUGAUCAUUCAGCAGCUGAGCAGGUGUCUGCAAAGGUGACAAAACAAUUAGAGCAGAAAACAGAGAAGGAUGCUGUAAGCCUGUGCUUGUCGACUGAGAAGGAGAUAGAUAAGUUACACGCAAAGUCUGAAGGCCCAGUCGAGCCUCAGGAGUCACCUUUAAUAAGUGAUGCUACUGAAGGUAACCAACCUCCUCUCUCCUCAUGUUCUGUGCUUCCAGCUGAUGAUGUCACCUGCAAGCCUUUUAGUGAUGUCUCCGCUGAGUUAUCUGCUGGGCAGCUCUCUACGGAAACUGCGACCCUAACUUGCGCAGCCUCUCUUCAGACAAAGCCUUAUGACCCCAGUUAUCAGUCUCCCACCCAAUUAAAUCUAACACCUCCUCAUGGACUGGUUACUACAGAUCCCAUGCACGCUGGUGAGGGGCCAAAGCCCAUGAUUCACCCUGCUGAUCUGACAAAGGAUGAAUCAGCGACUUCCGAGGUGACAGCCUCCGACCAGUCAAUUCCUCUUAUAGAGCAACGUGCCAGUAAUUCUUCUUUUGUGCGGCAGCCUCCUGGCCCGAUGUUGAGUCACUUGGAGUUCAUUACUGACUGUGAUAUCUCUCUUCCUGAGCAGACGGAUAACAGUGGCACUGAUGGUGACAGCACCAAAGUCUUUGGGGAGGUGGAUGACAAGAAGAGCAGGGACAUGACACAAAUGUCCGUAGCACAGGAUCUGAAGCACAGUGAUGUUAGCGUUAAAGCAGAUGAGGCUUGUCCAAAACCGGAAGAUAAAAAUUAUGCUCCAGAUUCUGUUGUUGAGUUUGAGAAUUCUGCGAUUACCAAUGUAAAUAUUCCAUUUUUAAAGGAGGAAAAUCUGUGUACUCCAACCCAGUCUCCUGGUGCAGAGGGAGUACUGGCAAAGGGUGGGUCUGAUAAUGUAAUUUCUCUAUCUCACACUGAGCCAGGCCCUACUGGCAUUAAACCUGUUAUUUGUGAAGCAUCCAUUAAGGAUGACCUUAUUAAUGUCAGCUGCCCACUCAGCUCUGACCUACCUUCAGACAAAGCUUAUAGUGAAAUUGAACAACAAAAUAUGAAACAAGAAAUGGGAGAUGUAACCUCUGUUCUGUUUGCAGAGGAAAAGAAAAAAGUUGAAGAGGCAACAAUGGAUAAUCAAAAGGAAACAGCAGACAGCAGCAAGCUGCAGGCAGGAAAGACAGGCACAACACCACAACAGAGUAAUGGGCCAGAGAAAGAGGGUGUGGAGGAAAUUGGAGGCCUGCAGCCACCACAUGAACAUAAAGUAAAAAAGACUGAGUCACCAAUAAAGGAUGUAAAGGAGGAGGGAGAAAGUGGCAUUUCACCUAAAACCCAGAUAGACACUUCUUCUUUAUCUCCCGACAGACCUGCGGGGUCGUCUGAGGACAUGCUAAGUGCUGGGACAGAUUCUCGUAGUGAAUCUCAGACUGUUUAUGACCAGAGUUUGCGCCAAACUCUGACACUGGAACGCAGCUUCGAGAGGGACACUUCCCCAGAUUUGAAUGCAGCUCUCGGCCAAUCACAGUCCACACCAGAGCCAAACUGUUUUGCUCAGCAACAGGAGCAACAGCAGCUGUGUCUGGGAUCCACACAUCCCACACAGGAGUUGUCAGGUGACAGUCUACAGGGAGGAGAAAAGACUAACGGUCAGGUCAGGCAGACCCAAGCACCGGUUCCAGGGCUGAAAGGGGUAGCACAGGGAGGAGACAGCUCCUCUGGGAGUUUGUGUCAGUCAGGGAGCAGCGAUAAGGUGACAGGUGAUGACAGCAGUGGCAAUGAACGACUGAUAGGUCUGGAGAAAGGCAAGGGAGAGGGAGUGCAAGCUGCGGUUGACGGGGUUUAUAUGCUGUCUCACUUUGCCAGUGAUUUAAAUGAGAGUGGAAAUGCUGCUGAGAGAAAUGCCUCAGCUGACACUGGGAGCGUAACUGCUUGCUCGUGUGUAGGUGAGACAAGACAGGGGAUGGUUGAGAAUAAAAGCCCCGUGUUAGGGGUAGUUGGGUCGGAUACAGAUUUAAUUCCAGACACUAAGUUUGUGAGCGAUCUGGGUUUUGAAGGUCAGCAAAAAAGCAAUCUACCAGCUGCCUGUCAAGACCAACAUGGAAAACCUGAGACCUCAAAGAACACUGCUGUAUCUGUUGAGUCUGCAUCACAGGAACAUGAGACUUCACCUUUACGGGUCUCUGUUUCAUCAAAGGUCAGCACAGAUAGUCCCGGCAUUCAUACAGCAGUCAUUUCAAGUGCAAACCAGGCUGAAGAAAUUCAUACAAAAAUAUCCUCUACUCUGGUUGGGCAACCAGAAACUGUGGAAAAGGGUUUCUGUGCUGUCACGGCUGUAAAGAGCAACAGUAGUGAAACUGUGAAUUGUGAAAGUCAGGAUACAGUGGGUGAGCCUGUCGAGCUACAAAGCUUCAAUAAAAGCUCAGCAGCACAAAGCAGCCCAGUAGUACAAACAGCCAUAAAAGGCCCUGAUGUAGAGGAGAUCACAAAGGAAGAUAAAGCAGCUUUGGACGAAGUGAAAGCUAGCAGCCAGGCGACGGGACAAAGUGAGAUAAAAGAGAUGAACACUGAAGGAAUGAAAAAACAGGCGGUCAUAAAUCAAACUGAGGGUGCUAAAGACAGUGCCUCAAUUGGUCUGUCAAAAGCAACAGAAAAGGACAGUGAUAUAACAGAUACAAUAACUCCUGAUGUUAUCACACACCCAUCUGUUGUUUCGUCAAAGCACCUGGAAGAUUUUGCAUCUACCCCUCCUGCAGCCUCUACCCAGUCUGAGAAGCCUCAUGAUCAGGUGUCUUUGUCAAAGCCCCAAGGUGAUAUUGUGUUAAAGCCCACUGUUGCUGCUUCCAACUGUGAAGGAAAACCACUUGAAAAAGCUCCUGUUGAACAAGUUCCUGUGAACACAGAAGCCGGCUAUGUAUCAGAGAGUCCUGCUCCUGUGCAAACAGCCAGAGAACCAGAUACAAACUGGAUACAAGCUCUAAAAGAAGCUGCUUCCAGUGUUCAGAGUAAACAAGAGACCUCAAGACCCCUCCCAUCUCUGGAUUCCCCUCAACUAGAGUUUCUUACUCCGACUGAGGAGAUAGCUGCUUCUCAAGGACAGGAGGAGAUCCCACCACUGGGGCAAGCAGCAGAGAAGACAACAGAGAUCCCACCUCUGAAUCUUGUGAAGAAGCCAGUGGAUCUUCCUGAACCUUUGAAGAAGACAACAGAACUCCUAGAACCAGCACAGCGCACAAGAGUAGAUCUCUUAGGAGACAAUGAGAAAGCAGGGCUCUCAGAAGAAACAAGGAAAGUAGAGCCCUCAGAAGAAACAAAGAAAGUAGAGCUCUUAGAAGAAACAAGGAAAGUAGAGCCCUCAGAAGAAACAAAGAAAGUAGAGCUCUUAGAAGAAACAAGGAAAGUAGAGCUCUUAGAAGAAACAAGGAAAGUAGAGCCCUCAGAAGAAACAAAGAAAGUAGAGCUCUUAGAAGAAACAAGGAAAGUAGAGCCCCCAGAACCAACCAAGACAGAAGAAGAGCCUCCAACAGAGCUCCCAGAGCCAGCACAGAGCAAAAAAGUAGAUCUCCCAGAAGAAACAAAGAAAGUAGAGCCCUCAGUAGAGCCAGUAACUUCUUCAGAAGCAGUGAAGGAGCCAGCUGAGCUCCCAGAACCAACAAAAAGCACAGAAGAGCUCCAAGAACCAACAGAGAAUGAGGAACCAGAACCAACAAAGACAACUUCAGUUCCCCCAGCUGCAGAGAAGAAGCUGAUCAGUGAGCUGCCAGAGGUGCUAGUGGACAAACCUGUAGAGAUCCCACCUGAGGAGCCAUUUGAAGUACCAGCUGGGGAAACAGCAGUGACAGAAACAGUCCAGCACCCUGCUGAGGAGCUACAGGACAGCGGGCCCUCCCUCGCUGAGCGGGCAGAGAGAGGUGAUCGUGCCCCUGCAUCUCCCCCACCUCCUGCCUCCGAAUACCAUUUCCCGCCUGCCCUCCCUCCUCACCUCCAAGACACCACAGAGUUCCCCACUCCUCCUCCCACACCCCCGGAGAGACACUCUCCUGACGCUCUACCAACCCCACCUGCAUCUCCCAGCUUCCCCCCUCCUCCCUCUCCUCCUCAUCCAGCCCCCGAUUCCCCUCCUGCACCUCCUGCUUCCCAGAGCGAGGACCACUGCCCUGCUCCUGCACCCCGCCACCCCCCAUUAAGGAGCUCAGACUCUGAUGGAGCGUUCGAGACCCCUGAAUCCACAACUCCAGUGAAGGCUGUUUCUCCUGUAGAUCCUCCAACCCAGCAACUAACAUCUGAUGACAAAGUAGCAGACACCUCUGACAAUGUUCCUGCCUCUGAAUUGACUUCAGCUAAUGCACCAUGCCGUUCCCCAUCCCCUGUUUUUGAUGAGAACCGGCCCAUUGCAGCCAGUGGCCAAUACAACAUCGAAUCUUUGGCUGGAGAUUCAACAAGUCACACCCUUACUCGUUCACUCAGCUUCCAGGGAGGAGCACUCGACAGCUCUGGUCUGUUGGACGGAUCAGCAGCGGGAGGCUUCCGUCCACAUUCUGAAUCCUUCAGCGUAGGCACUGAGAGCGCCCCAGGGACACUCCACAGGCCCAAGAAAGUCCGUCCUGGGUCUUUGAAGAAGAAGCCCCUUCUCAGGCAGAACUCGAACCCAGAGAGUGCAAAGCCAGCUUCAUCCAGCAGCACCCCGGAGACCAAGAAGCGGGCGAAGCCUCGAACUGCCAGCCCUCUCCAGGCUCAGGAGGAAGCAGAGGGAGGAUCUGCGACCCCGAGCCCAGGAGGAACCCUUCGCAGGACCAGGAAGAGCCGUGUGGUGACUCCUCCUCCUCUGCCAGAGGAGACCAAUCAUACCACCCAAGAGGAGAACCUUGUCAUCCCUGCCUUACCCUUGUGCCAGGAGGAGACCCCUCUCUCUAGUAGUCCAACAGGCGGAGACGAAUCCCCCAUCCCCCCUCCUACCUCCUACAAAUGGGAUCCAGAUAAUUUUGAGAACAUCGACCCUUUCAAGACUGGAGGUAGUAAAAUUGCCAAUUCUCCUGUUAUUGGUCGUAAAGGCCCUGUGGGUGUCCCCAUCGCCAGCCCUCCAGAAAGCCCCCCUGUCCCUGCUGUGGAGCCGUGUCUCCCAGCUCCUUCUGAAAAGCCAAUCACCAAUCCUGAAGAACAACCUAUCAUUCCUAAGCGUCAGUCAGUAAGGCUGGAGUUUGACUACUCUGAGGAGGGCAGCGAGGCACCACACCAGGCCUCUCCCCCACCUAAGAAAGUGGGCAAGAAGCCCGGUGCCAAGAUGCCUCUGAGGAAACCAAAGCUUGGGCUGAAAAAAGCCCCUCCAGUGCAGACAGAGCAGCUUGACAACGAUCCUCCAGCAACCCACAACGGCAACGAGGAUGACAUCCCUGUCCCUGCAGUUUCUUACAAUUUUGAACCAGACAAGUGGGAUGAUCCAAACUUCAAUCCAUUUUCUUCUAAGAAAGGCAUCUCCAACUCCCCCAAACUGUCCAGGCCGUCUUAUUCGUUUGACGCUAAUAACUUUGAUGACUGCGUAGACCCUUUCAAAUCCUCCAAUAAGAUGGCCAACUCCCCUCCAAAGGCCUCUGCCUCCUUUGAACUGUCAUCCAAUGACUAUGAGAAUGAAAAUGACAAUGAUAACAUCGGGGAACUGGAGGACCAAAAUCAAAACAAACCGGCCAAGAAGAAGAAAACACCCAUUAAAUCUAAUACUUUCAGAGUGAAGAGGUCGCCAAAGAAAUCCCCAAUGUCUGACCCAUCCGAGGAUCCUACGCCUGCAGAUGAAACCCCCUCCCUUCACCAACAGGAUGACCACGCCACAGACGAGGAGAAGCUGGCCUCCUCCACCAGUCACAAGUGGGCAGCCCUGCACGGCAUGGAUGCAGAUUUAAACUCCGACCAACAAGACUUCCCACAGCCGUGUGACCUUACAUCCUUUGUUAACGAGAACAGUCUUCCUCAUCAGGCUCCAGCUCAAGACUAUGAAAUUGAGUACAUGGAGAAGCUUGGCUCCGCUUCGCCUCCACUGUCUGUGAAGAAGCCGUCCUUGUACCUUAAGUUAGACUCUGUAUCUGACAGCUUAACCAAGAAUACGUGUGCACAUGGAUCUGAGCCCAGCUCCCCCUGCACAGGGAGUUUUGAGGAGAUGGAGGCCCAGAUAACAGCGGGUAUGAAGACACCGGUGCUGAGCUCCCGGCCCGGUCCCGAGGGCUCUGCUGGGGACAAGGGCAGGAAGAGGGAAAGCGAAGCACUCAGCAGAACGCAGAGCACAGAGAGGGAUGAGCAGCCCCCUAGUGAGGGCCCUGUGGAGGCCCCUGCUCCAGUCCUGGCCCUGCCCCUGUUAGACAGGCUGUCUGAGUGUGACGACCUCCUGCAGUACCUGGAGCCUGACCUGGCUGAGACCAACCCAACAGCUUUCGCCCAAAAACUACAGGAGGAGCUGGUGCUUGCUGCCCUGAGGAUAGAGGCUCUGCAGGUAGCCAAAAACAUCUCUCAGUGCCCCUCCCUCUCCACUGUAUCCCCCCAGCACCGAGACCUGUCAUCUCCAGUAGACAGUGGAGUGUCCAAGAACUCACUAUAUGCCAGGACCAACACCAACACCACCACCACCACCAACUACAUUGAAGGGGAGAGCCCCCACCUACCCAGAGAACUGGACCACUCCCUGGGAAUAGCACGAGAGGAGAUCGUGUCAAAGGAGAAAGAAGUGCUGGAGUGGCAGAGGAAGUAUGAAGACAGCCGACAGGAAGUGGUGGAGAUGAGGAGGAUUGUUGCUGAGUAUGAGAAGACGAUUGCGCAGAUGAUAGAGGAUGACCAGAAAGAGAAGUCUCUCUCUCACCACACCAUCCAGCAGCUGAUCAUGGAGAAGGACCAGGCCCUGGCCGAUCUCAACUCCGUGGAAAAGUCUCUCGCCGACCUCUUCCGACGCUACGAGAAGAUGAAAGACGUACUGGAGGGCUUUCGCAAGAAUGAAGAGGUUCUGAAGAAGUGCGCUCAGGAGUAUCUGUCCAGGGUGCGCAAGGAGGAACAGCGCUAUCAAGCCCUGAAGAUUCAUGCAGAGGAGAAACUAGACAAGGCUAACGCAGACAUAGCUCAGGUGCGGGCCAAAGCCAAGCAGGAGCAGGCCGCCUACCAGGCCAGUCUGAGGAAGGAGCAGAUGAAGGUGGACUCUCUGGAGCGCACUUUGGAGCAAAAGAACAAAGAGAUCGAGGAGUUGACAAAGAUCUGCGAUGAGCUGAUCGCCAAGAUGGGGAAGAGUUAGCGACCACACCACGCCCAGGCCAAACCUCCCAGAGAAGAGGAGUGGUUGUGGGGAGAAAAAGAACUUGGAAAAUGAAGCAGAUCAGUAACAUUUACCACUCUUCCAAGAACCGAUGGACAUUUAAGACCAAAAUGGUCUCCUACUGACUUUGUGUUUUCAGGAUCCACAGGAACUGCUUCUCUUCUAAUCACUCUGUACAUUUUUGAUGUGUCAUUGUAUCGUACUGUAUCAGGGGUCUGGUUUAAAGUUUUAGAAAAUGUAUCAUAUCACUAAUGAGUGUGUCUGUGCGCGUGAGUGCGUGUAUGAGGAAGCGAGAGCAUUGUUUGUGGGUUAAAUUAUCUAUAAUGAUGUUGCCAUGACAGCCACUGAGGAGGAAGACUGUUUACCCGUUCUUGUUGUUGUCUCCUCUUGAUACAAGAGAAAGAUAGACUUUGAAAAAGAGUAACAGAGAUUUAGAUUCAUCCAUGAAAUGUUGAUACACCACUAAAGAGGACACCAACCAUCAAGAUAUCUUACUGCAUGUAGGAGAGAAAGGAGAACUCGUUAUGUUAUAUGUUUGUAUAUACUGUAGGAAAUUCCACGUACGAAAAAGAUCGAUCUGCAUUUUUGAUAGUUAUUCCGUCAUUCUCAGCCCACAUCCUUCAUGUAACCUUGUAGAUAUUUGUCAUACUUGUCAUAGCUUUCUUGAUGAAAUCGUGCGACUAUUUUUUUGGAUUUAAUUUUGAUAUAAAGCAAACUAAUCGUUACUGUAUUCAGUUGUGACCAGGAGUAAUUUAAUUUUGGAUGGGUUAUGUCCUAGUUCUGCUAUGGUUCGUUGUGUCACACUGAGGAAUAACUUCUCUGCACAGCUGCUGUACAGCAUCUGCUUACAAAGUGCAAUAAAAGUUGGCAAUACAGCA